GGAAGUCACCGAAGCUCAGCCUCCGCCAACAUGUCUGCGCCCGACGAGGACACGUUUGCCGAGGAAGGAGGCGACAUGGAGGAGAUGGACGAGGUUGGCAGCGGCGGCGACGACGACGACGACGAAGGGGUUGAGAUGGAGGAAGAGGGAGCCGGCGGGGAGGGGGAGAAGAAGGUGUACGUGCCCGGCAUCGAGCCGCUGCAGCCGGGAGAAGAGCUGGAGAUGGACCGCUCCGCGUACCGCAUGUACCACGAGUGUCAAACAGGUGCUCCGUGUCUGAGCUUCUCCGUCCUGAGAGACGGAGGCGGAGAGGCCAGGGAGCAGCUCCCUCUGUCCAUGCUGCUCUGUGCGGGCACACAGGCGGACACGGCCCUGAGCAACAGACUUCUCGUCAUGCGCAUGCACAACCUUCAUGGAACAGAGAAAGAAAAAGAGGGGGAAGAAAGCAGUGAUGAAGAAAGUGAUGAAGACGAGGAGGAUGAAGACAAAAAGCCUCAGAUGGAGCUGGCCAUGAUGCCUCACUAUGGAGGGAUUAACAGAGUCAGAGUGACCCGGCGUGGAGAGCAGUCAUUGGCUGCCGUCUGGUCAGAGAAAGGACAGGUAGAAAUAUUUGACCUCGGUCCUCAGGUGGAGGCCGUCCACAGUUCUGCAGCCAUGACAGCUUUCAUGAAACAGCAGAAGGAAGCCACGGCCCUCUUCAGUUUCUCAGGACACAUGACGGAAGGCUUUGCAAUUGAUUGGUCACCUACAGUACCUGGUCGUCUUGUCAGCGGAGACUGUAAGAAAAACAUCCAUGUAUGGGAGCCACAGGAGGGAGGAACUUCGUGGCAGAUUGACCAACGUCCUUUCAGCUCCCACAGCAAGUCUGUGGAGGAUCUGCAGUGGUCCCCAACUGAAGCCACAGUUUUUGCAUCUUGUUCGGUGGAUCAGUCCAUUCGAGUCUGGGACAUCCGUGCGCCACCCAACUCAAUGCUCUCGGCCACCGAAGCUCACUCGUCGGACAUCAAUGUGAUCAGCUGGAACGGGAGUGAACCAUUCCUGCUUUCAGGAGGGGACGAUGGCCUUCUGAAAGUGUGGGACCUGCGACAGUUUAAGGGCGGACGGCCAGUGGCGAACUUCAAGCAGCACAGUGCUCCCAUCACCUCGGUGGAGUGGAACCCGGUGGACUCGAGUGUAUUCGCUGCCUCGGGAGCGGACGACGUCGUCAGCCAGUGGGAUCUGUCCGUGGAGUCGUGUGACGUAGGUGCCAGGGUGGAGGGGGUGAAAGACUUGCCCCCUCAACUGCUGUUCCUGCACCAGGGUCAGUCAGAGAUCAAGGAAAUUCACUGGCAUCCACAGUUACCUGGUGUGAUGAUUUCCACAGCGCUGUCAGGAUUCAAUGUGUUCAGGACAAUAUCAGUGUAGUGUGUCCUAGUCUGUUUGAAGUGUGUUUGUGUGUUUGAGAGAGAAACAAAUGAUUUUGCAUUUGUAAAUACACAUUAAAAUGUGUAAUGAGCAGAAAAUCCAAAUAGUUCAUCUUUAAGGAGCUUGUAAUAAUGUACAUAAUUUAGUUGUGUAGGUCAUAUCUCUUUUUGACAUUUCUUUGUCAGUGUAGGUGCUAUAUGGUGAUGCAAUCCGUAUCACUAAACCUUCUGUCUGCAUGUUUUACAAAAAGUUAACUAUUUUCAGUAUUCCCCAUGCUUAAAAUAAAAUGUUCAAAAUCAUA